CGCUGGCAGGAGCAGGGGCCGUGCGAGAGCCAGAGCUGACGGCAGCAGCAUGCGUGAGGCUCAGAGUGUGAGAACCACCUAAGGUGCCCUCCGGAGCAUCUCCCUCUCGCCUGCCGCCCCCCUUCCCCCCUCCCCGCUUCCUCCCGGUGGAAACUCGACGGAUCCCACGGUCCGGGCUUCUCGGGGGGGAGCUUGGCGCCAAGAGCCGCAUGCAUGACACUCCGAAAAGGAGAGAAAACGACCAUAAGUAUCCAGGAGCACAUGGCUAUUGACGUCUGCCCCGGCCCCAUCAAACCCAUCAAGCAGAUCUCCGACUAUUUCCCCCGCUUCCCCCGCGGGCUCCCCGCCGCCGUCGGCCGCAGCGGUGCCCUGCGCCCUGCUGUCACUCAGCCCUCGGUCAGCCCCGCUGAGGCCCCCCGGGAGGAGGAUGAGGAUGUGGAUCAGCUUUUUGGGGCGUACGGGACGACACCCGCCGAGCAGCCAGCCAAGUGCCAAGCACCUGAGGAGGUGGUGGACCCCGAGGGCUAUGAGUCCGACGACUGCACCACUCUGGGGACUCUGGAUUUCAGCUUGCUCUAUGAUCAAGAAAACAAUGCCCUGCACUGCACCAUCAAUAAAGCCAAGGGCCUGAAGCCUAUGGACCACAAUGGUUUGGCUGAUCCAUAUGUCAAGUUGCACUUGCUUCCCGGAGCCAGUAAGGCAAAUAAGCUGAGGACCAAAACUCUGCACAACACUCUGAACCCCACCUGGAAUGAGACACUCACCUACUAUGGCAUCACUGAUGAGGACAUGAUCCGCAAGACCCUACGGAUCUCGGUCUGUGACGAGGACAAGUUCCGCCACAACGAGUUCAUCGGGGAGACACGGAUCCCUCUGAAGAAACUGAAGCCCAACCAGACCAAAAACUUCAGCAUCUGCCUGGAGAAGCAGCUGCCGAUAGAUAAAACAGAGGACAAAUCGCUGGAGGAGCGGGGCCGGAUCCUCAUCUCCCUCAAGUACAGCUCUCAGAAGCAGGGGCUGCUGGUGGGCAUCAUCCGCUGUGCCCACCUGGCUGCCAUGGAUGCCAAUGGCUACUCCGACCCCUACGUCAAAACUUACUUGAAACCAGACGAAGACAAGAAAUCAAAGCAUAAGACAGCAGUGAAGAAGAAGACACUGAACCCCGAGUUCAAUGAGGAGUUUUGCUAUGAGAUCAAGCACGGGGACCUGGCAAAAAAGACCUUGGAAAUCACAGUGUGGGACUAUGAUAUCGGGAAAUCAAACGAUUUCAUAGGAGGUGUCGUGUUGGGAAUUAACGCCAAAGGCGAGCGCCUGAAGCAUUGGUUCGACUGCCUGAAAAACAAAGACAAGAAGAUCGAGCGCUGGCACACGCUGACGAAUGAGCUGCCAGGGGCUGUCCUCAGCGACUGAGCCCCCGCGGGGCUGCUCCCGGGCGGGCACAGCUCCACCAGACACAGCCUUUGGACUUUUAACACGUUUACAGCUUUGGAGACCGGGGUGGUGGUGGUGGAGGAGGAGGGAACCGUGGUACCUGGAGAGUGUGAGCCCCCAGGGCACGGCACGGCUGCUGCAGGGAAACCAGGGCAGCAGGGGUUUGCUCUGCCGGGCAGGUCCCAUCCCCCCGGAGGUUUUUCCAAAAAUGCCUCUUUGCACCCUGCCGUGGUCAGACACACACACCUGGAGCAUGCACAUACACACGUGUGCACACACACACACACGCGUGUGCACACGGGCACCACCCCCCUGCAUGCCCCGUGGCUCUGAGUCCUCACUCGUUGCUGUUCUGAGUGCCCUUCUCGCUGCCUUGCAAUUCAGUGGCAAAGAUGAAUGCACCCCUCUCCCUCCGUGUCUCUCACAUGAGCAAAAGGCGUCGCUAAAACCUGCAACUUUUUUUGGUUGGUUGGGUUUUUUUGGUUGGUUGGGUUUUUUUUUUCCCCCUCAAGGCAGUUGUGCCACAUCUCUGGUGGUUUGUCACGCUCUGUGGUGUGGGGAAUGUGUCCCCCUAAUCUCCUAGGAAGACUCUUUGCUUUUCUUCCAGAAAUGAUGUGCUCAUCCUCUCCAGUCAUGCACCCAGCAAGCUGAGAGCCCUGCAGAGAAGACCACAGCUUCCCUGCUCCACACUUCCAGAAGUAGGGAAGCAAAAAGAAAAGUCCAGGGAAACCCAAGGCCCUUUCUGCUUCCCAACACCAGCAGCAAAGUCUGCAGCCACUCUCUUAACAAUUCCCCCCAGUUUGUUAGGUAUGAUGGACAUUCCCACCAGGACCCACACAGCCAGGCUUCACCACAGCUAUUUUAUAAUCACAGAUUUGCCCAUCUGUGACCCAACCUCCUUGGGUUCCCUGUCCCCAUCCCACCGGGCACCAGCUCCUGUGCAAACACCACCCCAGCAGCAGGUGCCUGGUGGGACGAGCUGAAUCUUUCUGCAAAAUGCUGCACUUCACCAGGAAUUUUUGAAGCCUUUAAACCCUGAUUUCUUCAGAAAAGCAGCUCUUUCCCCAUCAGCCUCAAUCACCUUCAGCUUCUGAGCCCUGUAGCUGCAUGUGCGAGCUCACGCGCGUUGCUGGUGUCUUUUUUGGUUGGUUUGGGGUUUUUUUUGGAAAGCAAAGGGUUCUCUGGAAACCAACGUUGACUUUUCUCGUGUUACACUUUGUUUGAUAUGGGGAGGGGGUGGGAACCAACAAUGUUGAUAGGGUCUUUUUUAAUAACUUAAUCUUUGUAAUGCACCCUACAGCUAGGCAUGGGUUUUUAUUUGAAUGCCAGCAGCGUUUCCAGUUGGAUGUUCCCACUGAUCCUGUCACUGCUCCAGCACCUUAAAAACCUCAUUUGGGUCUGAGCUUCCAGGAGAGCUACGGGAGCACUGGCUCGGCUGUGCCUCCCUUUUCUUGCAAAGUUACUUUGAAUCCAGCAUUUUGUUUCAGCCUGUCUUGCUCUGGAGCUGGUUUAUGCCUGAGGUGGGGGAGGACACAAGGUGUUGUGUGGGUUCCUUCACUUUGUACCCCAGUCUUCUGGAAGCAGACAGGUCUGUCUGUCUGUCUGUCUGUCUGUCCCAGCUGCAUGCAGAGUGGUGGUUGUCAUGCCAGGCCUUGUGAAAUGUUUGAUACUGAUGUUUUGCUACCAUGUGAAGGCUGCAGAAACUGUCCUUACCUGCAUCCUAAAAGACUUUUUUGUAUUUCAGUAUUAUCUGUGUUACUUUUUGUCAGAUUUGUUAAUAUUUAUAAACAAGAACUCCAAAUAAAAAAGGGAAAAUUAAAAAUAAAAUAAAAAAAA